CCCAUACUAUUUGUUAUUUAUGCAACUCUCUUCUCGUCUGUUUCCCCGCUAAGGAGCUUCUCAGCCUUAGCAUUUCGUUUGUUUUCUGGUAGGUAUAUACUCAAUUAUCUUCGAAAUGAGAAGUUAAUCUGCUCCGAUGAGAUACUGGUCUCACUGCGAGAACAACUAGUCGCUGAAGCCAGAUUUUAUCAUCUAGAAGGAUUAAUCAGCCAGUUAUGCCCACAGCCAAAAGUGUUCAAGGAGUCGUCAAUUAUCACCAGCUUUGAAAACGAAAAUACUCUGCUGUCGUGGAUGUCAGAUGAACCAAGUGAUGCCAAAUGGGGUAUUCUGUACAAGGCAACUAGAGAUGGGUUUAAGCCAGCUAACUUUCAUAAGAGAUGUGAUGGAAAGUCGCCAACCCUUGUUGUGAUCAAAAGCGGUGAGAAUAUCUUUGGUGGGUAUGCAGGCAAACCGUGGUCCUCGCGUGAGUAAAUGAUAUGAAUCUCUGUAGCUAUUUCCAGGGAAACUGAAGUCGCAACGAUAUAAAAGUACCCCACAUUCGACACAUUAAGCGUUCUUAUUUUUGUUAUUACUGCGCUUUUCACAAACAUGCGAAUUCUGAAGUUCAAAAGCCAACAGACGAUUUCGUUUUUCGCUGCCGUCAAUCAUCUUAACGGACCUCACAGGAAACAAAACUUUACUUUAACGGGUUCAAAAUGUCAUGGUUUGUGAUUGGUGAAUUUCGAUCGGUUUUGUGUGUUUCUGUGUUUCAAGGUUCGUUGCUUGUGAUCGUAAUUAUGAUUGACGGCAGUGAAAAACGCAAUUGUGAAGGCGGCUUUUGAACUUUAGAGUUCGCAUGUUUGUGAAAAGCGCUGUAAAACCUUUUUGUUUGAUGUUUAUUCGUUUUUGGUUUUUAUUUUAGUGUUACCAAGCAAAACAAUUCGUUAAAUUGGCCGAUUUUGUCGGAAAAAAAAAAACACCUAUAACAUGAAAAACGCGCAGAAAAAAACAUAAAAAAUAGAGGAUUCGCUCACUCGUGAGAGAUACUUUCAGCACUUGAAGAUAAAAUUCGUAUCCCCAAGCGGCCAUGUAAUGUUCUGUUUAUUUUAUAGAUACUAAUGAAAUUCCCACAUAAAACACACCUUUUUUUAUUCAUUUUUGAAACAGCAAAAUAGUGCAAUUAAAGUGGUCACCUAUCGCAAAGUGCCAGUCACAAAAAUGUUAUGAAACUCGGAUAUAAAGUUAUAGAGGAGAAAUAAAGACAAUAAUACUUAUAUUUUGUGUUCCAAAACGUCAAAAUUCUAAUGAAGAAGAGAAAAAUCAUGUUAGUAACAAUGGCGACACCAAUAUCCUCACAUGUGAAAGAUAAAAAUAGUAUCUUCACUGCGCGGGAUGACGAUAUAUUUUUUUAGUAAAAGGAAAAAUCCUGGUAUUUCAUCAGUAUCUAUAUAGUAAAGACAGUUCCUAGGUGCCCAUGGAUAGGUUUAAUGAUUGUUACUUCAUGCAUUCUCCUUUAUUUUUUACUUGUACAUGACAUCUCUCUUCCCACGAAAGAUUCUCUUGUAUUUCCUGUAUUGUUUGUUCUUGAUAUUGUUGUUGUUGUUGUUUUUCAUUCCAAUUAAAAGAUCGGAAUAAAAACACUGUUGCACCAAAUUAACGUUUGUGCAGCACUCUUUUUAAAUAUUAUUUUACUUUAUUUAUUUAUUUAUUUAUUUAUUUAUUUAUUUUUUGUUUUUAGCUGAAGGGCAUGUCUUUGACGACCAGGCAAGUGAAAAAUCAUUUCUUUUUAGUCUGAAAAAUCCAAGUGGAUAUCCUCCCGAGAAAAUACUCCCUUUCCCGGAUCCCUAUAGUGAAGAUGCCUGUGUGAAAGGAGCAGUUAAAAGCAGAGCUGAUUUUGGACCGACUUUUGGCGAAUAUGGAAACAUCAUUGAUCUUUCAACGUUGACGGGAAAAACAAAUCGCGUGGGUUUUGCAAAAAUAAGACAAGGCUUUCGAACAAAGUAUACCGAAGAACAAGAUUACUUCAACGGAUAUGAGUUAUACGUCGUGGAUGAAUUAGAAGUAUUUGGACUUACCAAAUAA